AUGCGGGGAUCUGAGGCAUCGGGGCCUGGUGCUAUCUUUGGUGCUCCCUCGACUCUCACCACCUCCCUGAUAAGGAACCCGACGUCGUUUCCAUCCAGCUCGGCUCCUCUCCCGUCGACGGACCCAGAUGUGGUCGCUCAAAAUGUCGAACAUGUCCUGUUGUCAUUAACGUCGCAGAGUGAUGGCGGCCUGGUUGGCGUCAGUGGCAAUUCCGGUUCGACCGGCAAGGGUAUCUUGAUCGGCGUCCUGUCUGCUUUUGGCUCUGCGGCUGUUGCUGUCCUCGUUCUCGCUGUCUUUUUCUUCUUCAAGUACACCCGACGUGGCCGGAUUUUCCUUGAUCGUAUUGGGCGACCGGGUGAGUUUGAUGAUGAGCAGGCGUUUGCGCGCGAGGAGGCGGAGGCCUUGGAGGUCAUGGAUGACAUGUCGCGAUCGGAAUACAUGAGAGCGAAGUCGUUCGUGCAGGCCAAUCCGCCCGAGUCGAUGCAGACCGACAUUUCGUUAUCUCAGUUCCUUGCGAUACAGGAGAAGGGCGUGUCGGCAUGGGAGUUUCAACCAGAGUUGGAAAUUGCCAAUUGUUUUGUCGAAGGCCGAACGGAAAUCGAGUUCUAUGAUUCGGAAUGUAGUGUGCAGACCAACUUGCCUGUUCCGAAGCAGAAUGAUGUCUAUUACUGGGAAGCGAAGAUCUACGAGAAGCCAGAAAGCACUCUCGUCAGCAUCGGCAUGACCACAAAACCAUAUCCGUUAUUCCGACUCCCAGGCUUCCACAAAACUUCUGUUGCCUACUUAUCGACAGGUCACCGCCGAUAUAACCAGCCAUUCUCGGCGACGCCCUACGGUCCUCCUUUAGCACAAGGCGAUGUGCUUGGCGUAGGGUACCGACCACGGUCCGGCACAAUAUUCUUCACUCGCAACGGCAAGAAAUUAGAGGAUGUGGUCCAUGGGGCUAAGACGCAGAAUUUCUUCCCUACUGUCGGUGCCAAUGGUCCUUGCACCGUGCAUGUGAACUUUGGCCAGAUGGGAUUUGUUUUCAUCGAAGCCAACGUCAAAAAGUGGGGUCUGGCUCCCAUGACAGGCAGCCUGGCUCCUCCGCCGCCAUAUGGAAGCGAGCAGGGCAGCAUCCUUCUUGAGUCCGGUCGCGAGAGCGCUGCUCAGAUCUCGCAGCGGGUCUAUCAGGACGCAAGGACAAACUCGACUAUCAGGAUCCCACCCUCUCGUAGCCCAGGCCCAGUCCGAUCACCCACCGAUAUUUCCCUCGCUCCACUUGCGCAUAUUCCUUCUCAUGAAGACGUUGGUGAAGGGUCGAGUCAUGCUAACACCAUUGCUGACGAACAAACUCCCUUACUGAACACAAGCGAUUUUGAUCAGGUUCCGCCUCCGGAGUACACGAGCCCGGACGGCAGUCGAAGAGGUAGUGACAUUACAGGGGACCUGCCAAAUCAGGGCUCCCCGCCGAUACCGAGCUACGACGCCGCUGUGGGCGAUCAAGCUGACAAUGCCUCGAGGCCGGACGUCGAUCACUAA